AUUACUGUCGUCGCCUGCUUGCAAGUGCUCAUCGGUGCUCAUCAGCUUAAACGCGUUUGUAUCGCUCAGCGUUUCACCUGACAAAACUUCCUAGACCCGGAGUAACAUAUAUAUUGCACUUGCUAGUGCAAUGGAAGAGUCACUGCCGCCACCCCUGCGAGGCUUGCGGCCGUGCGUCGCCACCACGCUGUUCACCGACCUUCUCCCGCGUGUGGCGAGCUCGAUGUUCACGUCCGAGACACACAAGCUCCGCGAGCUCUGUGUUGCGUCCCGUGAUGUCUUUGACCGGGACGUCGCUUCGUCGCUGCGGCUGGUGGACGCAGUGGACCGGACCGCGGCGGAGGUCGCCCACACCGCCCGGGCUAUCAUAAACCGGGGCUGCUGCCCCCAACGGGUGCACAUCAAUCUGCAACACGGGGACAUGGAGAAACGGCAGCAGCGCCUGUAAGUCUGCAUCUUUCAUGGCUAAUUUGCUAGCCUUUGCUCCUGUUUCCGCUGCUUCACCAUAGGCUCUGCUUGCCCUUACCGCUUGACUGGAUUACACCACCGCCACGCAGGCUGGACCUCCUGCAUACCUUGCAAUCCUGCAAAAGGCCAGGCGCAAAGGCUACAGACUGCCUGUCCAUCUCUGGCGCUAUGCUGGGCAAUGCUGACGUCGCCGCCGCCGCCGCGGCGGCGUGGGCCGGCGUCACGCGACUGGAGUUGUGGGACUGUGACGCGGCCACAUGCAGAAGCCUGGGUGCCGCGCUGCUGCCCCUGCUGUCUAAACCUACCGACGACAGCAGCGCAGCGAAUGGCAUCGGCUCAAAGGCGCGUGAGGACCUGUUGGCAGGCCUGGGCGCCUGGCGGCGCCUGGCAAGCCUGGACCUGCGCGUCCAGGGGCCGCGGCCGCUGGCGGCGCCCCUGUUCACCGCGCUAUCUGCCGCCGCCAAUCUUCGCAGCCUCACACUCACCACCAAAGACCUGCCGCUCACGCGCUCAGACGCGCGGCAGCUGGGCCGCCUGACGCAGCUGCAGAGCCUGACGCUGGAUGACGUGAUGUCGCGGGAUGUGGUGCCGCUGGCGCUCCAGCCGCUGACCCGGCUCACCAGCCUAACGCUGGCCUACAGUGGCGACGCCGCGGGCUCUCACUCUCAGGCGCUGCCCGCCGCCGCCUUCAGUGCGCUAGCGCAGCUGGUGCAGCUGCACAUGCCGGACCACGCGCUGGAGCUGCCGCGGCAGGGGGAGCUGUCGCUGGCAGCCCUCACGGCGCUCACCUCGCUGCACGUCGCCAAGCUGGCGCGGGCGCGGAACGACCACGGCGGCGUAGGGUUCCACGACGACGACGUCGAGGACGAGGACGACGGCAACAGCGACGGGGAAGAGGAGGAGGAGGUGGAGGUGGAAGAUGGGGGCGCCGCCCGGCGGCUGCGCGCAGUGCCGGUCGUGUUCUGGCCGCAGCAGCUGCGCGAGCUGGAGCUGCAUGACGACAUCUUGCAAGCGGACGCGCUGGCAGGCUUGAGCUGCAUCCCCCAAUCGCUGGAACGCGUGGCGGUCCGCGGCUGCAGCAGCUGCGCUGGGGCCCCGUACUUGGAGGUGCAGGUGCCGGAGGCGCGGUUCGCGGACCGUGGCGGCUCGCUACUGCCGGCGGGCGCGUGGACACUGGCCAUCGCGAUGUCCGUCCUGGCCCACAAGCUGCAGUGCCGUUGUGACGGCCCGUGGGGCUCGGCGGGCCCGUGUGUUCCCUUGGCGGGCCUGGUGCUUGACGUGGUGCCGCGCCGGCGCCGCGACGUGGCUGCUGCGGAGGAGGAGCAGGAGGAGGAGCAGCAGGACGAGGAGGAGGAGGAGGAGAAAGAGGAGGAGGAGGAGGAGGAAGGGGGGGAGGAACACGAGGAGCAGCAAGCAGGGGGUCAGCCGCAGGCGCAAGAGCAGGGGCAAGAGCCGGUGCAGGGGCAGGGGCAGCAGGAGGCCGCGGCCGGACAUGAGCUGCAGGACCAGGCGCAGCAGCCUCAGCCGCAGGGGCAACACCAGCAGGCUGGCAUCGGACAAGGAGGUGCGGGCGGGGGCGCGGGCGCAGCAGCAUUGCCUGCAGCUCCAUGGCCGCGUGCACUGCUGCCACCGCACCUCGCCGUGGGGGCUGGCGCUGAUGCCGUCAGCUUUGAAGCGGCAAUGGCCGACACCGUGGUGGCCAUUCAGAAUGGCGUAACGCCGCCGCCGCCUUGCAUUGACGGUGGGCAUGGCUGGCUGCUCAUGCUGGGGCAGGCCAAUCUGCAGCGCCUCAUGCUGGGCGGGUUUGCGCUGAGCGACCGCGACCUCCGCCACCUGGCCCAAGGAAUGACACAGCUGCAGCAUUUGAGUCUGGCGCACACGUGCUCCUAUGAUCCCGUGUCGCUGCUGACGCUCGGCAGCAUGCCGGCGCUGACCCACAUCGAGCUGCACAUUGACUACUGGUGCUACGGCCCCGGCGGCGACCACGGCUCCCUCGGCACCCAUGGCGAUGGCGCCGCUGGCGGUGCGGGCGCGCAGCCGGCUGCUGCAGACCACGGCGCGGCGGGACAGGUCGCGUGCAGGCGACGGGUGGCUGAGCAGUACGCGUACGGCCCAUUGGACAGAACGGGCGGCGAUACUACCGCGCUCGACCGGCUGCUCCAGGAGGCGUGGCUCAUGUGCACGUUCUGGUCUGACACCCACGCCCGCCUGACCACUGCUGCUGCUGGUGCUGCUGGUGCUGCUGGUGCUGCUGGUGCUGCUGGCGGCAGUAGUCCCGACCUGGCGCCGCCGGAGCGGUGUCGGCACCUGGGCGGCCGCUGGACGGCGGCGCAGGCGGACCUCAUCCUGGCGCUGGUGGUGGUGGCGUCUACAGGCCGCCGCAAGCAGCCCCAGCUACGUAAGGUGGAGGUCCACUCGGUAGCUGGGUGCCGGCUCCACAGCCGCCCCGAGGACGGCGGGGCGCAAGAUGCGGCGGCGCGUCGGCGGCAGCGGGGCGAGAUGGUGGGCCGGGCGCUGGUGGCUACAGUGGAGAAGUUGCUGGCGCCAGUGGGCGUCGUGGACAACCGCUUGGUGCGGGUGUGCAUGUAGUCUGCAGGGUAUCCCUCGGCGGCUUGGGGCUGUAGGAUGUGCUGACAAAGCUGUGGAAGUAGCAAGCAGGGAGGUUGGCGAGGUUCGUGUGCUCAUGCGAACAGGAUGGUGGUAUGGGACCAUUAACGAAAGGCAAAGGCGGUGGUGCCAUGCAUGGUUGCCUGUGCAUACGCCUGUGCGUAAGCUCUUUGCAGCAGCGGGGGCUGGGCGUGGGAGAGGCAUGUGCAGAUACAGGUGCCUGUACAUACAGCUGGUUGCAGCACGUGCAGGGCGUGAUGAGGCAGGCGUGGCAAUCACGUAUAUGUGUAUGCUUUGUACAGUAAGAUACAGUAAGAAAGAGUGACGGCCACAAGUUCAAGCUUCGAGCCAGAACUUUGACAACUAGCAACUGUGUUGCGUGUGUAUACUAAUGUGUGUAUGUGCUUGACAACCAAGCUGCUUGUGAGGAAUUGUACGGUUUGUUGCAGCGCAGAACGUGCGAGAAGCGUGUUAUGCGCAUGUGUGUUGAUCGGCGGUGACUGCGUGGCGAUCAGAAUUGCACAGUACGCGACCCCUCUUACAGAAUACGCGUAUUAGUACGCACUACGGACUCAUCCUCCUAGUACGAGGCCGCCCAUGCCGACAUCCGCGACGGCCGCCGCUGAUCACACAGCUCAGCAGCAGGCGUGUGCAUGUGGGGGUGUGGCCUACGCCACCCAGGCGGCCCACCAGUGGCUCAGGCUGACGGCGGCUGGCGACGGCGGCUCGGGUGAAGGCAGCGAAGGCGGACCAGACCCGACGCGGGCGUAAGGUGUGGUAGAUGUGGUCGGCGAGCAGGGCGCUGAAUGAAGUGGCGGGGGAGAAGGAGAGGAUGAGGGAAAUUAAGGGGGUGGGGAUGAGGAUGUUGGAGCUAGUAGCUGUGGCCUUAGCUCCGGGGUUGGGGCUUGGGUGGGGUUAGGGUUGGGGAUUGGGUUGGGGAAUACGUUGGGGAUUGGGCUGGGGUUUGUGCAGGGCUGUGAGUUCGGGUGGGGGGCGGGUUGGGGAUGAUAUUUACAC